UUUUUCUUUCCUUUUCAGCAGACCGUUACACUUCCUCCCUCAAAGCACCACCAUUCCUCCUUCACUCUCUCUCUCUCCGCCGCACCACACCGCCAUGACGGUCGCCAGCGCAGCCGCAUCACGCACCAAGAGGCUCGUCAAGCUCACCCUCGCCCUCCUCAGCCUCGGCUUCAACUCCUCCAAAUGCAAAACGGCGGCGAAGAUGGCGGUGGCGAGGAUCAAGCUGCUCAGGAACAAGAGGGAGGUGGUCGUCAGGCAAAUGAGGCGUGACAUUGCUCUCCUUCUCCAAUCAGGUCAAGAUGCCACUGCACGUAUCAGGGUUGAGCACGUGAUGAGAGAGCAAAACGUUUUGGCUGCAAAUGAGUUCAUUGAGCUCUUCUGCGAAUUAAUUGUGGCCAGGCUCUCAAUCAUUUCAAAGCAGAGGGUAUGUCCAGCUGAUUUGAAAGAAGGAAUAGCUAGCGUAAUCUUUGCAGCCCCUAGGUGCUCAGAAAUCCCAGAACUUGUGGCUCUUAAAAAUAUUUUUGAGAAGAAAUAUGGGAAAGAUUUUGUAUCUGCAGCAACUGAUCUUAGACCUAACUGUGGUGUAAAUCGCCAGCUGAUCGACAAGCUCUCAGUACGAACACCUCCUGGUGAGGUAAAGUUGAAAGUUCUGAAGGAAAUAGCCAAGGAAUAUCAAAUUGAUUGGGAUACUGCAGAAUCUGAGCAAGAACUUCUGAAACCUCCAGAAGAGCUAAUAGAUGGGCACCGUACUUUUGUCAGCGCCAGCAGCUUACCUGUCAAGCCUUUAACAGAUGUGUCCACAGAAUCAAAUAAUCCAACUACAAGAUUAUCCGGUGGGGGAAAAAGCGAUGCCGUGCAUUAUGAAAAUUCCAAGUCUGCUGCUGAAGCAGCAGCUGAAGCAGCUAAGAAAGCAAUUGCUGCCGCAGAAGUUGCUGCUUAUAUGGCUAUGAAGGAACAUAACGAAGCCCCUCAACCAUACUUUUAUAACUCAGGAGUGAACUCUGGGACCUUCCGAUCAAAUGAACAGAACAUGACUAGUCAUAAAUCAUCAAUUGAGGAGAAAAUGCACAGGUCCUACAGCUUGCCAAGGUCUGACCAAAUGAACAGUGAAGAAGAUAAAUUGCCUACUCAAUUCAAUGAUGGAAAGGACUACAGAAGACACAGCUACCAUCCAACUUCUGCACAUUCUGAUAUUAAGUUUGAUGAAUCAGAUUGUGAUGAAGAAAUUGAAGCAGGAGAACCUUAUGUUUCUUUGCCGCCUCAGCGACCUCCACCCCCUGCACCUUCGUCGCAGGUCAAAAGGGAUGGUAGCAUUCGAGUUCAUCCCAAAUUGCCAGAUUAUGACGAACUUACUGCCCGUUUUGAUGCUCUAAAAUUCAAAAAGUCACAGUCCUGAACACACUGGAGCCAGUUUAUCAGUACGUUUUUAAUUCAGUCAUAUACGUAUAGGAAUGGUAUAUUUUGUCAUAUAUAGAGAUACUAAGAAUGUCAUGUUGGAUGCUAUACUUGGGAUGUAUGAUUCUGCAACUGCGUAUUAUAUUUGUUCCUGAUAUAUAAAUUGUACUAUUUUUUUGAAACUUGAUUCUCAAUAAUAAUGCAACUCUGGUCACAUUUAGAAAA